GCGGGGAUUCCCGCCGGGGAGGCGGGCGGGGGCCGCGCCCCCUCCCCAUGUCAACACGCGGGGCACGGGGCGCCUGCGCCGGUCCGUGCGCGUCUUUUCCUCUCAUGCGCGGUAUUUCCUUCCCCAGUAGGGCUUGGGGCCCGGCCUAGCGGCGGCGGCACCCGCGGGCCGGGGUGCAGGGAAGGGCAGUGGCGUCCCCCCCUCCCCGCGGCUCCUCGCCCCCCCGCCCGCCGACACCCCCGGCGGAGGAUGGCCGAGGACUCGCCCAAACGGCGCAAGGCGAACUUCAACGAGGCGGAGACGGAGGUGCUGAUCGAGCAGGUGCUGAAGCACGAGCAGCUGCUGUUCGCGGCGGGACCCGGCCGCGCCUCCGCGGGCCAGAAGCGGAAGGUGUGGGAGCUGAUCCGGCACAAGGUGAAUCCGGUGGCCGCCUGCCCCCGCGACGUGGAGGACCUGAAGAAGCGCUGGCGGGACCUGAAGCGCCGCGACCGCAGCAAGCUGUGCCGCCUCUCGCAGGGUUGCGGGCCGUCGGCGCCCCCCGCCCUCGGCCUCCUCCUGGCCCCCGAGGAGCUGCCCCCCGCUGCCGCCCCGCCCGCCCGCCGCCAGCGCCGCCCCUACGGCUCCCUGCUGCCCGCCGAGGCCGUGCCCAUCGUGGGCGGCAUCGACACGCUGGAGCUGCCUGGCGCCGUUGUGGGGGACAUGGGGUUUAAUGGCAGUCCUGGCCCAUCUCAUCAAUCCAGUCUUGAGCAGAUGAACCUCAAAGAAGAAAUAGUAGUGAAGGUGGUGGAGCCAGAAGAAAACUCUGAGGACAUGGUAGUGGUUCCACCUAGUCAAGAACAACUGCCUUUCCUGGGGACAUCGGGCGGUUGUUCCUCUGGGAAAGUAAAAGCCAAAACAAAAGGCAGGUGCCAGGCAGACCAAAAUCAAAUGACUGAAGAGGACCUACUGCAGAUUCAGCAGACCCAAAUACAGGUGAUCCAGUCUGGCUUUGACAGUGUCAACCACAAUCUUCGGCUGCUGCAGCAAGGCAUGCAAGAUCUGAAUAACAGCAUCAGCAUCAUGGCACAUACGCUUGUUGCUAUUAAGAACGUCUAUGUGAAAAACAACACUGGCCCAACCACACAUGCCACUGCAUCUACUCAGACCACAGCUGGGUACCUGAGCCCAGGAUCCCCCCAGCUCUCCCCUGCUAAGGACAGAGCUAGAGCACAGGUGGCUGGAAGCAGCAGCAGAAGCAGCAGCUGCAGCUCCAGCUCCAUGUCACAAGAACCAGGUCCUUCUGAGUUUCCUAGGCCCCCCCUGCGAACCAUUAAGAAAGAACAUCCAAAUGGCUGCUACUACUUCUGCUUUGCAGAUAUGUAAAAACUUGAAUAGAUGUAAAAUGACUGUGUUGUUGAGUGCUGAUGUACAUUGUGCUCCGGCCUGUGACUUCAAAGGAGCGAAGUGGACUUGCCUCCCAUGUUUUUCCCAGUGGGAAACAUUUUACUAUAGGUGGCAUUAAACACUAAUUACCAGCCUCCAGUUAACUCUGUUGCAGUUGGCUAAUAAAUUUCUUCUCUUUUCUUUAUCCUCUUAUUCUCUUUAAAAAAAGCCCAUUUAUUUUGAGUAAGACUUUUGUCUGUAUCAUCCUUUGUUUAAUGUCACCUUGUGAAAAGGCAUGAGAGUGGGGUAAAAAAGUAACAUUAUGGUUACUACCACCAGGAGCUAACUUAAAGAAGUUACUUGGUUCUUGGAUUAAACAAGCCUCAGAAGCAGCUGGCUUUUUAAGUACUUCCGUUUUCUAAUUGUUAUGUUGGGGGUGUUUGCUUGGUUGUUGCUGUUGAGGUUUUAGAAGUCUGAGCUGUGCCAGGCAUCACAGGAGGAGUUUGAGAUACCUGCUUAUUCUAGGAAUGGUUUAGCACUGAGCAUUCACUGGCAUUCAUUAGUGUCCUCAGAAGUCAUACAGCAUUGUUCCACUUGGCUGUUGUUCAUUCCUGGCUUGUCAAAUGCACCUUCUCUUCAGAGAUAUUGUGUUUUACUCCACUAGCAGGGUAGUCUUUUUUUAACCAGUCACAUGGUUAAAACAGAGAAAUACAGAAAAAUGAGGAAUGGAUGAGUGAUGCCUGUUUCUGACAUAGAAGUGAUAUGUAGGCUGUGUCUUCAUCUGAUUUUGUAAGAAAUGGAAUCAAUACCACAGUGUUUGAAAUACAGAGAACAAAAAGCUUUGUAUUGUUUUACAUGAAAUGGAAGUCAGAUUUGCUGUUAAAUUACAGGAGGCAGGGGCUCACUUCGUUCCAGACAAAUGCUCCUGCAUAGUUUAGAAAGCUUUGAUUGUUAUUUCCUUUCUCAUAACUAAAUAGCCAAGGAAGAAGAAAGACGAAGACGAGUUGGAGCAAAAUGUAACUUGGUGUCAACUUUGAAACAAGCAAAAAUCAUUUUAUCUUCAUGCCAAAAAGAAAAAUUGCCAUUUCAUAUUUAGAUAGGGAAAACUGUUGUCACUGGCACUAUUUUGUGUUUCAGGCUUACAUAUUCUAGCCACUCUACUUUGCAAAAUUCAGAAGUAGCAGAGCUGCAAUGUUCUUGUAUCUGGCAUCUGUACCAGAGGUCAAACAAAAACACUCUCACCUGAAAUUUUGUCCAAUGACUUGAAAAAUCAUACAGGUGCUCUUCUUAAGCAUUUAUCACCAACAUUUAAAAAGGUUCUUCAGAUAAAUUUGGCCUAUAGCAAUGACUAGCUGCUUGUAGUGUUACAGUCAGUUUGCACAAGCAUUUCUGCUGCAGGAAUUUAGCAAAUACAAAUAACAUAGAGAAUCACAAUGAAACUGCCCCUCUCCUAGAAGCAUAAGAAUAUGUAAUCUUAGCAUAAGGUAUGCCACUUUUGCAGUCAGCUUUGACUGAACACCACUGUAUGAAAAUGUUCUUCAUGUCCACCAUUUUGGUGUACUGCAUUAACUCAUCUGCACUUCAGAAACCAGCCACUGCUGCCUACUAAAAUGUGAAAACAGGGUAAUCAGUUAGCAAGUGUUUCCCUUCAGAAUCCCAGAUGGAGUAAAAUAUGAAAAUAUCUCACAAAAAUAAAAUGUAUAUGUGUACAGCACAAUGUUCGUUGGGAUUAAUGCCUUGAAGAAGAGAAAGUUCUUUUUUCCAGGUUUACCUUAACAAAAGAAGAUGGUAUGGGUGACAGGUAUUAAGAAAUUGCUGAGUUGAAGAAUGGCAAAGAAUCCUUCUAUGGAUUUUUGUUUCUGUGUUGUUAAAAGCUUCCCAAAUUAACUUGUUGGAAGCAUUAUUUCUCCUCCAUCAGUACAGAUGGGCUCUCUUGACCAGGGUUUUCUGUAUUUUGUUUUCAUGGACACAGAAGGUAAUUCAUGCUACCAUGAUAUUCCAGGUAGAUUUGGAAAUGCUAUCUACCUGGUCCUUCUGGGCAGCAGUUUCAGCUUGUCCAGGUUGCAACUGGCAGUUCUUACCUGUCUUUCUCUUGUUUCAAUUCUUUUUGCAACUGUUAAUUCUUGAAUUUCACGUACUUCUUGGGAGAGGUGCCCGCUUUCUCAUGUUCCAGUACUGAUUUACGUGAGACCAGCUACAGUGCAAGUAGAGAAGUACAGCAAGAUCCUGUGAGCA